ACCACCUAAGAAUCCUCACCUCGACGAUUGUCAGUGUUUAAUAAGUAAGGUAGCUUUGGCCGCCAUUGUGACGGCGAAAUUUCAAUUAGUUGCGCAACAAUCACAUCUUGCAUUGUGCUUCUACCUCCCUUUACCCGAGGCCCAUCUCAAGCAGCUGCCAUGGUUCGCACACGGCCCAUCCAGAAGUUUGCAGCCGCAGUUGGCCAGUGUACAGCAGAGACCUCCAUGUACGGCAAAUGCAUCGUUGCCGACUACAACUCUGUCCACAAGGAUAAGUGUUUGAAGGAGUUUCUCAGACUGAAGGAUUGCUAUCUUGUCGCUGCCCGCAAGGCAAAAUAAUCAUGGAAGAAGCAUAAUAUACCAACAUCUUAAUCUCUCGA